GUAUUAUACUAGCGCGUCUCUCACACAGAGACAGUGGGACAGCUCUGGCUCGGAGAUCUGAGAAAGGGAGAACAUCUUUCUUAUAUCUUACACGUGAGGACGGAAUAUUCGCUGCAGAAUAGAGACACGUUUCAUCUGGUCGCAUUUUGCCGUUGUAACCUUUGAUACCUACCCGGAGUGCAAAUAACUGUGACUAAAGAGGCCACCAUGAGCCAGGAGGGGCAGGAUGACCCCCUCCACAUAGACACCCCACCUCCAAACACGCCACCAGAGCCACAGCCGGAUACAGACAGCCCUGAGAGUGUGAAAGUGGAAAAAACGAGAGAGGAGACUGGAAUCGAGGAGGAUGCUGCAGAGACAGAAACACUGUCAGAGGGAGCGAGGGGAGAUAAAAGAAACGGGGAUACACCGACGGUGGGAGCUGAGGAGGAGGAGAGGAGAAAAGAAGAAGAGCAGGUCGAAGAUAAGGCUGGGAGGAACGGGGAGACGGGACACAGUAAUGGAGAUAUCAUUGAUUGUGAAGACUGUGAUGGGCCCCUGCAUCAGUUAGAGGAUUCAGACAAACCACAACACACUGUAAGUUUGGAGAACGGUACCGGAGAGGACAGCGAAGGACAGGAAGAAGAGCAAGAACCAGGGCAGGGGAACCUGGACAAAUUUAGUUCCACCUUCGAGCUUUCAGUCGAAGAGGUAGACGCGGAGGUAGAAGGAGAAGAUGAGCCAUUGAACCAGGACAGCUUCAGCUCAGCGUUUGAGCGCAUCGUCGAGCAGGUCGGCGAGUCCGCGACGGUCGAGGAAGAGGAGGAGGAGGAGGAGGAGGAGGACGACGACGGAGAGGACGAGCGCGACCGGACUAAGGAGAGUCAGGACGGCUUCAGCUCUACGUUCGAGCGCAUCGUGGAGUCCGAGCUGCUGAGGGGUGGGACCUGCUACAGCAGCCUGGACUCGCUGGACGUGCUGUCUCUCACAGACGAGACGGACAGCUGCGUGAGCUUCGAGGCACCGCUCACACCACUCAUCCAGCAGAGAGCACUGGCGGGGCCUGAGCCCCCAGAGCUGGAGCUGGAGACAGUGCAGGAGAGUGCCGAGACACAGGAGGGGGAGGGAGAUGGGGAUGAAGCCGGAUCAGACAGUCCCCUCCACACCUCCAUCCCAGGCAGCAGGUCUGAAAACGUGCUGAGCCAGCCAACUCAGUGGAACAUUCCCAAUGGAUUCCACAAUGAUCUGGCAGGCAACAUACAAAAGACAGCAAUCCUCCCCAGCUCUGUCAGUGAUGCCAAUCUCACAGAUGGCCUAUGCGACUCAGACUCUGAACUGGGCAGCCUGGAGACCUUGGAGAGGGGCAGCACAGAUACCCUUGCCAACGGUUGCAGUGCCGACGCAGAGGCGGCCAAGCGACUGGCUAAGCGGCUGUUCUACCUGGAGGGCUUCAAACGCUGUGAUGUGGCACGACACCUGGGAAAAAACAAUGACUUCAGCCAGAUGGUGGCGUCAGAGUAUCUGAGCUUCUUCGACUUUACAGGGUUGUCCUUAGACAGGGCGCUAAGGAACUUCCUGAAGGCAUUUCCUCUAAUGGGAGAGACGCAGGAGCGAGAACGAGUCCUAGUGCACUUUUCCAAACGCUUCUGUCACUGUAACCCAGAAGCCCUCACCUCUGAAGAUGGAGCCCAUACACUGACAUGUGCUCUUAUGCUUCUGAAUACUGAUCUGCAUGGCCAUAACAUCGGGAAGAAGAUGUCCUGCCAGCAGUUCAUUAGCAAUCUGGAUGGUCUGAAUGACGGAAAGGAUUUCCCCAAAGAUUUACUAAAGGUGCUGUAUAAUUCCAUAAAGAAUGAAAAGCUGGAAUGGGCCAUUGAGGAAGAGGAAUUGAGGAAGAGUCUGUCCGAGCUGGUCGAGGAUCAGUGUGAUGCCGGGGGCAAGCGCAUCGUUAGGGUAACGGAUAGCAGUAAUCCUUUUAUUGCCAUCCCGCUUUUGCUUAAUGCUGCCACUUACAAACAUGGAAUCCUGACCCGAAAGAGCCACGCAGACAUGGACGGCAAACGCACCCCGAGAGGACGGCGAGGCUGGAAGAAAUUCUAUGCUGUGCUGAAGGGCAUGAUCCUCUACCUGCAGAAAGAUGAGUAUAAACCCGAUAAGGACUUGUCUGAAGUCGACCUGAAAAACGCAGUGCGUGUGCACCAUGCUUUGGCCACAAGAGCUUGCGACUACAGCAAGAAACCCAACGUUCUCAAGCUCAAAACGUCAGACUGGAGAGUCUUCCUCUUCCAGGCGCCGAGUGAGGAGGAAAUGAUGUCAUGGAUCUUCAGGAUCAAUUUGGUGGCUGCUCUGUUUUCGGCUCCUGCGUUUCCGGCUGCCAUAGGUUCCAUGAAAAAAUUCUGCAGACCUCUGCUACCGUCAUCCACGACUAGGCUCAACCAGGAAGAGCAACUGAAGUGUCACGAGAGCAAACUGAAGCAGAUCUCCUUAGAGGUAGAGGAACACAAAAGGAAUCCACCAGAGCUGACACCCAAGAGCAAAGAGUCAGAGGAGUACCGCAUUAAAGAGCACUACCUUACCUAUGAGAAAAGCCGCUAUGAGACGUACGUCAACCUCCUGCAAGCCAAGUUGCGCGUGGGGAGUGACGACCUGGAUAAAAUCGAGGCCAGCGUGUUCGGCGGCGACGCCAGGGACAGCCACAUGCGCAAAACCCAGUCCAGUCCUUCCAUCAGCCAUGCUCACGGACUCAACGGACGAGCCACUCACAAACACACCUCAGACUGAGCGAACAUUCACCGCAGGGUCCCCGAACUUUGUCCUUCGUCUCAGACCUAGUUGAGCGAGCAACUAACAUGAUGGUCUGCCACUUCGGAAAAAAGGAGAGACACGUGAACGUAGCAGUAAAUCAUCCGUAUAAUUUCAAAUGCACAGUAAAUUAGGAUUAUUGUAAGUAUUAUUAGUCUUAUUAUGAAGCAUUUUUAAUAACGUGCCAAAAAGGAAGUACAGACGUUAAAGGAGACCGAGACUGUAUUAGAGGAGUGUGUUUCCGUCACACGACUGCAGUCAGUUCUGACAGCACAUGGCAGUUUCCUGUGAUGGUCAAAGAGAUGCACUAUGAUCACAAGGCUGAUUUUACUGUGAUGUCUGGAGAAGGUUUACUGCAGCAUCAUGGGGCACCUUUCCUGAUGUCACUAUUAAACUGUGACAUCAUUAUGGUUUCUGAAGCGUAUUCGUUACAAGGCAGAGACAUAAAGUGAUGGCGUGAUGCCACAUUCCAACGUUGAAGCCAUUAACACACACUUAUGUUGACAUCUCAGUGUUUGACUAGUCCAUAUGUAGAAUUGGCUUCCUGACUGAUUUUUAUUUUUAUUUUAUUAUUUUUUUGCGUGACAUGUAGCAUUCGGCUUAUCCGCGAGGCCUUUUUCGAUGUCUCAGCCUCAGUAGCUGUUUUAAGGGCUCUGUCACAUGCUGAGGUGUUUGUUUAGAUUCAUACAGUAUGUGCUGUCUUGGCAGUAUGAUGCAAAUGUCCCUAUUAUUUAUUACGUCAUAUUUAUUUAUUGUAAAGUUUCUUUUCUGAGCCGUGACCGCGGACUCGGGCACUUGUAAUGUUGAAAGCAAUUUAUCUCAGUUGAUUCUAUAUACAUAUAUCUAUCUAUAUAUAUAUACAUAUAUAUAUAAAAUCUCAGUUCUUUUUUAAUGGAGCUGCCUGCUUGAGGUGGUAGAGAACCCAGUGUGAGGUUCUUGUUCACAAUAUCAUAAAAGAAGACAGGGUAUGUGAUGGAAAACAGGAUCAGAAAGACUUGCAACGUAUGUAUGUAUGUAUGUAUGUAUGUAUGUAUGUAUGUAUGAGCAUGUUUGUGUGUAACAGUAAAAGCAAGAGAGGUAAAGAAAACAGAUUGAAGGUGUGUGAAAGGAAUGCUGAAGUGUUUUAAUGUAAUCUCUGUCUAAUGCAUCUGCAGCAUAUGUAUGCUUAGCACAGACACGCGUUUGCUUAGCGCUUAAGGCUUUGGGAUACUGAUCAGAAGAUUGUGAGUUCAAAUUAUUACAUGGCAUCACAUCAGCACUGACGCUAUGCAGCAAGGGACUCAUUAAGUCGUUAAUUUCCAGUGAAAGCUGGCAAUUUCCAUUGAUGGGAAGCAAAGCAGACAUUAGUGGGACGAGGGGAAGGGCGAGCAAGGCAAAAAAAAAAAAAAGUUUAUGUAAAUGAGAACCAAAGCAAUUCGCUGACUACCAUUUGGUACUGAUUUGUGGUCAAAUGAGGGGUGUUUUUAAUACACGGUGUAGCUACUGUAGGUUGUUUAGAUAUCUUCGUGGACAUUACUCCAGCUCAAAGAAAAUCUGGUAUUUGGCAAUAAAACUAAGUUGAUUAAAAUAAUAAUAAGUUAAAUAAACAUCAUCAAACCACGAUUACAUGUAACUGCCCAGUGUAGAGCGGUUUCUGCAAUGCACAGCCAAAACAGCUGGCGCAAGCAUGAGAGAAGUCUUACUAAAGCUCUUCUUAUAUAUUUUAUCCAUGUAAAGUGAUAGAGUAAUUCCAUUUAUAGAUUCUUUCCCAAUUCAUGUGUUCUGUGAAUGCUGGUAACCCCGGGUACUUGCCUUCAUAAAAUAGUCCUCUAAUAAUUAAUUGAACACUUACAUUUACCAUUGAGUCUAGAAGUAAUGAAAAAAUAUUUUACAAAAGUGCAAGUUAUGCAUAACUGCCCCCAACAUCUGGCCCUUCAGUCUAUUUUUUCUGUUUUUGACCUGUCCGUGGUAAUCACACAUAUGCUACAUUUGAAGUUAAUAUAGAUUAUAAUUAAAAACACUUUAAGCUUCAGUUUUCCUUCAAGCGCUAUGUCAAAGUAUGAUGUUGAAGACGAAUUCUGUAUGCUUGAUAGUGACAGAGGAAUCAUCUUCUUGCAGUGGACCAAAAGAAGCCUUGCCAACAAACAUGACUAGAGCCUGAAGCAGCAGGACUGCAAAUUCAGACCAAGAUAUCUACUCGUACCUGUAUCAUGCACUGUAGCUCAUUGGACUAAGUGAUACAGUUCUGUUCAAAUGCAUUCUUAUGCUGUAAAUCAGCACCGUGAUCAUGGGAUGAGUGUUAUGUUUGCAGAAGAGGACUGCUAGUGGCACAACGUCUACGCUUAGCUCUUCAGCAGCGGCACAGUCGACCCCCCCAGUGUCUCCACCCAUGCCCAUGGUACGGACUUUGUGUGUUUGAGCAAGUGCAAGUAGAUUUUUCUAGUGCAGUUUUGACGCAUGAUGACAGUGUGAGUGAGAAAAUGAGCUUGUAGCUCUUGCACUGCUAUAUAUAUAAAAUAACAUAAAGAGCUGCAAUUUUAUACACUCCUUUAGUAACUGCUUUCAUAAAUUGACUUCCCUAUACUUGUCGCUUUGGCUGUUGUGCUAACUAUGAUUUUCCCCAAUGUUUAGGGUAGAACACAAAUGC